AUGGGAGGAAUCUUAGACAGUACUAGGUUGUGUGGUUCUCCUACGGUAGUUGAGGUUUUUCAAAAGGUAUUUGCAGAGUUGAUAGGGUCAUAUUUUUUAGUGUUUGCUGGGUGUUGCUCUGUGGUUCUUAAUAAUUCAGAAAAGACAAAAGGCCAAAUAACAUUUCCGGGAGUUUGCGUAGUGUGGGGUUUCACAGUAACCAUCUUGGCUUAUUCUCUUGCUCAUGUCUCUGGUGCUCAUUUCAAUCCUGGAGUCACUCUCAGCUUAGCUAUCUAUCGUCGUUUCCCUUUCAAAAUGGUGCCUUUGUAUUUUAUUGCGCAAAUAUUGGGAUCUUUCCUUGCCAGUGGGACGUUGUACCUUCUGUUUGAAGUAGACGAUAAUUCUUAUUUCGGAACAAGACCGGCAGGAUCUCCAGUUCAAUCUCUUGUUUUUGAGUUACUUGCAACAUUUUUAUUAAUGUUCGUUAUCUGUGCGGUUUCAACGGAUAAAAGAGCGAUUGGAAAAUUAGGAGGGGUUGUUGUUGGUAUGACAGUUACAGUAGACGUCUUCAUUGCUGGACCUGUGUCAGGAGCUUCUAUGAACCCAGCUAGAAGCCUUGGACCUGCUUUGGUGAUGAACGUUUACACUGGAUUUUGGAUUUAUAUAGUUGGACCAUUUGUUGGUGCCAUACUAGGUGCAACGUGUUAUAACUUUAUUAGACAUACCGAUUGUAACCCUCCGAUUUAG